UGGACUCACCAUUUCUUCGCUCUUUCAACGCUCACUCUUCACUUUCUUCAAGACUCAAAAGUUUCUCACUCGUUUGCUGUACCUUGGUUCAAAUCGGAUUGUUGUUGUUCGAAGCUUCCGGGAACUGAUAUUUUAUUUUUAUUUUUUAUUUUUAGUUUCAGAUUUUGUAGUUUUGUUCGGUAUAUACUUGCAUAUAGUGGUGUAAUUUGUGCAGUUUCUUGUUAUUUCGCUGUAAUUGUUCGAUUAGUUUUAGGUGGGUUUGGUAAUGAACUCGAGAGCGAGAUAUCCGCCGCCGGGGAUGGGUGGGGGCCGGGGAGGCGGGGGCGGAAGUGGAAUGAACCCUCACGGUGGGCCAAACCCUAACUUUCAACCGAGAUAUGCAACUCAGCAGUAUGUACAGAGAAAUCCUGCACCGAACAACCAGAAUCAGCAGUUGUAUCAAAAUUCUCAGGCACACCAAUGGAUGAGAAGAAAUCAGCUGCCGCCGGGCGAUUCAGCCGUUGACGAGGUUGAAAAGACUGUACAAUCAGAAGCUGUUGAUUCGAGUUCGCAAGAUUGGAAAGGACAGCUGAGGUUGCCACCAGCAGACACUCGUUACAGAACUGAGGAUGUCACUGCUACCAAAGGAAAUGAAUUUGAAGACUACUUUUUGAAGCGUGAACUGCUUAUGGGAAUUUAUGAGAAGGGAUUUGAAAGGCCCUCUCCUAUCCAAGAAGAGAGUAUUCCAAUUGCUCUCACUGGAAGUGACAUUUUGGCUAGGGCCAAAAAUGGAACUGGGAAAACUGCAGCCUUUUGCAUUCCUGCCUUAGAGAAAAUUGACCAAGACAGGAAUGUUAUUCAAGUUGUUAUUCUUGUCCCAACAAGAGAAUUGGCCCUUCAAACAUCACAAGUUUGUAAAGAACUUGGAAAGCACUUAAAAAUUCAAGUCAUGGCAACUACGGGUGGAACUAGCUUAAAGGAUGACAUAAUGCGUCUCUAUCAACCUGUUCAUUUACUUGUUGGGACGCCAGGAAGAAUUCUUGAUCUUGCCAAAAAGGGGGUUUGCAAAUUAAAUGAAUGCUCCGUGCUUGUAAUGGAUGAGGCUGAUAAACUUUUGUCACCAGAGUUUCAACCAUCUAUUGAACAGUUAAUUCGCUUUUUACCAGCAAAUCGUCAGAUCCUUAUGUUCUCUGCUACAUUUCCUGUCACUGUGAAAGAUUUUAAAGAUAGGUAUCUGCGGAAGCCUUACAUCAUAAACCUGAUGGAUGAGCUUACCCUCAAGGGUAUAACUCAAUUUUAUGCUUUUGUGGAAGAAAGACAGAAAGUUCAUUGCCUUAACACUCUCUUUUCAAAGCUCCAAAUCAAUCAGUCAAUUAUCUUCUGCAAUUCUGUGAACCGGGUAGAACUUCUUGCAAAGAAAAUUACAGAGCUUGGAUAUUCUUGCUUCUACAUCCAUGCUAAGAUGCUUCAAGAUCAUCGCAACAGAGUGUUUCAUGACUUCCGCAAUGGUGCCUGCAGGAAUCUUGUGUGCACUGACUUAUUUACUCGAGGGAUAGAUAUUCAAGCAGUAAAUGUGGUUAUAAACUUUGAUUUCCCCAAGAAUUCGGAAACAUAUUUACACAGGGUGGGUAGAUCUGGAAGAUUUGGCCACCUUGGUUUGGCUGUGAAUCUGAUAACUUAUGAAGAUCGUUUCAAUUUGUAUAAGAUUGAACAAGAACUGGGAACAGAGAUUAAGCAGAUCCCUCCGCACAUCGAUCAAGCUAUAUACUGCCAAUGAUCUUAGACGGCUGCCAUCAAAUUCUUGGUUGGAAAUGGUAGCAAUGAAUCAUAGCAGACAAUCAUGAUAGAGGAACGUACGAUCUCUGGAGGAUGUCAGAAAUCUUAUCAUAGGAAAUGAGAAGACCUUGUGUUUCCUUAAUGAGGAAGAUCACUACGUCAGCUUAACUUAUCUUUGCGGUAUCUCACGUUGAUUAACCUUCUUCAAUCACCACUUUCUUUAUGUUGAGUGACAAAAAAGAAAAGGAAAAAAAAAAGAGAACUGAUUUUCUCGUUACUGCUUUCAAAGUUUCAGUUUUAUUACUUCAAAAAAAAAAAAAAAAAAAAAAAAGAGGAGUUUUUAUUUAUUGUGCUGUUGGGCUACAUUUUCAUGCUGGUUAUUCUUUUGGGAACAAAUGAUUAAGUAUGUAGGGUGAUCUUUAUGGAGUUAUUCACUUACAUAUGUAUAAUUAAAGCACACACCUUUUGAUUUUAUUGCCGGUUAUUAUUA